AUGGAUACUGAGACGUCUGCCCAAACAGAAGUCCCUAUCAAGGUGACCCAACCUGAGGAUCACGCUCCUCCAUCCCUGGCAGAACCAGCUUCUGGUGCUGUCGCCGAGAUGUCUGGCGCCCUGUCGGCUGAAGACUCCGGGGAGCCGAAAUCGGUCGAAUCAGCAGCGGAACCAGCCACAAAUGGCGCACCUGAAUCGGCCCCAGAGCCACCUAGUGAAGCUGAGCAGCCUACCCCAGCUCCAGAGGCCCCGGCAUCAGCACCGGUUGAUACGGAAACCAAAGAGACAGAGCAAACAGAAGCUCCCCCGACAGAAACAAACGGGACCCCUGCGGAGAAGAAACCUGCUUCCAAGAGAAAGUCUUCGAUUGUUCCCGAGCACAAGGGCAAGAAGCUUAACAAGAAGAAGUCGAUGUCCAAAAUCACACACACGAACGCUCAGCCAGGCGAAUACUACUUCGCUCGCCUGAAGAGCUAUCCACCAUGGCCGUCUAUCAUCUGCGACGAGGAGAUGCUUCCAGAAAUCCUCAUCAACACCAGACCAGUCACAACGAAGAAAGCCGAUGGCACCUACAACGAGGCUUACGCUGAUGGUGGCAAGAAAGAGGGCGAGCGAACAUUCCCAGUCAUGUUCCUGUACACCAAUGAGUUUGCGUGGAUUCAUAACACCGACUUGACCCCUUUGAACCCAGAAGACUGCAAGGAUGUUCCUGAGAAGGGCAAAUCAAAGACGCUCUUGGCUGCGUUCGAAGUCGCUGCCGAGGGCCAUGAUCUCGACUAUUUUAAGAACAUGUUGAAUGAACACAAUGCUGCUAUGCAAGCUGAAAUCGACGCAAAGGAAGCUCGUGAAGCAGAGAAAGCUGCGAAAGCCGACAAGAAGAAGCGCAAGAGCGAAGCUAAAAUCGAAACCGAUGUGGAGAUGGAGGACGCCGAAGCCGCCCCGAAAAAGUCGUCAAAGAAGAGAAAGAAGGAAGCUGACAGCGACGAUGAGACCUCUGAAAAGCCUGCAAAGACUCCCAAGAUCAAGUUGACUACUAGCAAGACUCCCAAGACAGAAGAGAAGAAGCCUAAAGAGAAGGCACCCAAAGCCAAGUCCGAGAAGAGAAAGUCAAAAGCUGCAGUCGAAGACGAAGAAAUGGUCGAUGCCGAGCCCGAGGCCGAGGAGAAGCCUCUGGAUCCAGCAGAGGCGCGAAAGGCUCGCGAGAAAGAAGUAUUGUUCCUACGACAUAGAUUGCAGAAGGGCUUUCUCUCCCGUGAUCAAGCGCCUCAGGAAGAGGAAAUGCCACAAAUGUCCAACUUUAUCAAGAAGCUUGAAGGGUACACCGAUCUGGAAGUCAGCAUCAUUCGCCAGACCAAAAUCAACAAGGUGCUGAAGGCUCUGAUCAAGCUCACCACAAUCCCUCGUGACGAAGAGUUCAACUUCCGGAAGCGAUCACUUGAGCUCCUAACUCAAUGGAACAAAAUCCUCGGUGCCGAGCCUCCUGAGGCGGAGGCUAAGGCAUCGCCCGCAACGAAUGGAGUUCAUGAUGAGAAGACUGAGGACAGCCCGGUCGAAAAGACGGAAGAAAGCAAUGACAAAGGCGAGACUACUGAGGAAAAGCCUGCUGAAGACAAGUCUGAAGAGGCGCCUGCAGUAGCAGAGGCCAAGCCUGCUGAAGAACCCGCAGCCCCGAGUGCAGAGCCUCCUGCUUCAUCUGAAGAGCCAAAGCCUGCUCCUACCGAGGAAAGCCCAAAGGUUGACGCCCCAGCCCCUGUUUCUGCGCCGGAAGUUGUGGAGAAGGUGCCCGAAUCCGCACCGGCCGCUGCAGAGGCAAGCGAAGUUGUCAAGGCGACCGAAUAA